AUGGAUCAGCACGAGAUACUAUCGAAAACCAAUCGGAUCCUUGGGCUUCCACAAGAAAAUUCGAAUGCUACAGUGAAAGAGGGCAAACGUUCUUUUUCCUUCCCGAGAGAAGCUUUCAGGUCGGAACGUUCGACCCGAAGGGGUCAAGGUUCUCGAUCGGUGUCACUGAUCGUGACAAAACCUACCGAACCUUCUGUCAAGAAGAUCAUGAUGAAGACCAACGGAUAUUUCGUCCUCAAUGGUGAAGUGGAAGCUGACGAAGCGGUACUUCCCCACAUUGAGCGAGAUUAUGCAAGAGCCCAAGACAAGUUCCGAACGUUACUGGGGCGACACGUUGGUCUACACGGUCCUCUACAAACCCAAUUGGUCGAGCAAGGCAGCACCGAAAUGGCACCUGUCAAGGUACACACUCUCUUAGAGGGAUAUAUAAGGGGCAGGGAGAUUGCAAAGGGUACCAAGACAUUGUUUCUGCAAGGCCCGUACUAUCUGUCGGACUACGAGCAGGAAGGUACAGAAGGUCUCGCGGAACGUUCCGAGUGA